GAGAGGACGGCGUUUUAUCAGCCAAGUGCAACCUGAAUCGUGAGGAGCGGACGAUGGGGGGGAAAAAAUCCCACUGUUCUUUCUUUUUCUCUAACGUGACCGUCAUUAACAUGUAGACCGAUUCGCGUCAAAAGACCCGGAGCGUAAUGGUUUCUUCUGUCACAGGAGAAUUUUAUAGUUGUGAAUAAAAAAAAAACAUUUUGGAUUAACGGAGCACUUGUUUUGGACUAAAAGGGUUUCCUUAAUUUCUUUCUGCCCGUGUGUAAAUGUUGGACCGCAUUUAACCCGAGUUUCUACCCUCUGGAGUGAAAAGUGCGCCAGUCUUAUUUCCAAGGCUUAUUUCCAACGCUUGAGCGUCGGGAUUUUUUCAGGGGUACUAUGUGGCUUUUGGAAGGACUGGACCUUAACCUAACGGGACUUAAGGCACAGAGGAAUAUUGUCUGAGGUGGAAAAAAACAGCGGAUGGGAUCGUUUCUUAACGGGGACCAACUUUGGACUUGACUCUUCACAGUACAAGUACCUACUAGACCCACUGCACCGCAAUCGCUGCUUCUGCCACUGUACAUGGCAAUAUGGAAACCAUCAUCACUGACUGGCUUGUCUAUCUCCUGAGAAGUGGUGCCUAAAGAUGAAAUCUUCAGUGUUUUCUUCUUCAGUCCAGUGAUUGUUUACAGGACCUUUCUGAGGAAUAUAUUUCCAUACUGUGAGGAAUAUUUCACAGAUUUUCGUUCACCAAUUUGGAGGAAACUGAUGGCUGCUACAAUUCUACUGGAUGCUUUGCAGUGCUUUGGUUUUAAAACGGAUCAUUAGCAUCCACAACCCUCAUUUGCUCCGGAGUUACCAAUUUCCUUACACCUUACUUUUGUAUGAAUGUCAGUUUUGUGAUUGUGUUUGUGUUUGCAUCUGCAUGGUAUAAGUGAGAAAAAGGAAAUAAGGAGUUUGCUUCACGAGCAAGAACUGGCCAAAAACAGAGAAAGCAACCAAUUGUAAAGCGUGGGACAGCAGCCAUGUUCGAGUGGAGGCAGCAUUCGAGGAUUGGAUGUCGGCUACUUCAGAGUGCUACAUGUGGGAGCAGAAGCAUGGGAUAUGUAGGUCUAGAAGGUUCCUUAAAGGCUGGCUGGUGGGUAUCCACUCUAAUAUGGCUGGGAUUGCUGCUUCUGCAGGCAUGUCCAGCUGUUGUGUUGGCUCAGAAACUUGAUGAAAAUGACCCAAUAGUAACAACAGCCAAUGGCAAGCUUCGUGGUAUCAAGAAGGAGCUGAACAAUGAGAUCCUGGGUCCUGUCAUACAGUUUCUGGGCGUUCCAUAUGCCGCUCCACCUACUGGUGAGCGCCGCUUUCAGCCACCUGAGCCAGCGGCACCAUGGCCUGACAUUCGCAAUGCCACACACUUUGCCCCAGUGUGUCCCCAGAGCAUCGUCGAGGGCCGUCUGCCAGAUGUCAUGCUGCCAGUGUGGUUUACCAACAGCAUCGAUGUGGUGUCCACCUACGUCCAGGACCAGAGCGAGGACUGCCUCUAUCUUAACAUCUAUGUUCCCACUGAGGAUGGUCCCCUUACAAAGAAACACAGUGAUGAUUUAGGUGAUAGUGACCGCACGGACGACGAAGACAUUAGGGAGAGUGGAAGCCCCAAACCAGUGAUGGUUUUCAUCCAUGGGGGCUCCUACAUGGAAGGAACUGGGAAUAUGUUUGAUGGCAGUAUCCUGGCCAGCUAUGGGAACGUGAUUGUCAUCACUUUCAACUACAGGCUUGGCGUCCUCGAUGUCACAGCCACAUGAUAGAAACAAAGGUGUGCACUGUGCUGAAUGAGAUUAUGCUGUCAUGGAAUGGACCGCUUUC